AUGGACGUCGAGGGUUGCAGAGAGACACUGCGCAAGCUGACCUGGAUGGUCCAGGAGUGUCCCCGUGCGCUCGAAGAGGCGCUCUUUGAGAUCUACUUUUCGCUGAGCCAGGGAAAGUUCGUUCGAUUCCUGAGCGCCCUGGAGACGCUGUACGUCAAGUACCGCACCCAUCGCCUCCGCAACGACGCCUUCACGGGGUCCGUGAUAGCCCAAGAGCACCCGCACCACAUGGUCAAGGUGCGCAAGGUGGUCCUGACGCCCACCAAGAAGAUCUACCUGCCACCACAGCUGGUCUGCAAGAGCAGGCUGCUACAGCAUUUUGACCCCGAGCACGCUUUGCGGGUGGUGGUGAGGGACGACGACUGCAAGCUCGUCUCUUUCUCUCUGGGUGCCUGCAAGGACGAGUUUCUGAGCGCGGUGAUCAAGCCGCAGCUGUCUUCGGGCAUCAAGAUCGGCGGCCGCCGCUUCCUCUUCCUGGGCUGCUCGACGAGCCAACUGCGCAACCACGGCGUCUGGUUCUACGCCCGCGACGCCGUGGGCCGUACGGCGGACCUCAUCCGCCAGGGCAUCGGGGACCUGUCGUCCAUCCGCAGCGUGCCCAAGCUCAUGGCUCGGAUGGGACAGGCCUUCUCGCAGUCCCUGGGCUUCGUCACGGUCCCGCGCCAGUACACGGCCGUGGAAGCGGACGUCCGCUGUCGGGCGCCUCCAGGAGCCUCGGCGGCCGCGCUGGCCGAGGCGGCCAAGAGGGACUACAUCUUCAGCGAUGGGAUCGGUAGGAUAUCGCCGGCCCUCAUGCGCAAGGUGUACCGCUCUCUCGAGCUGGAAGAUGGCGAAGAGCCCUGCGCGGUGCAGAUCCGGUAUGGCGGCUGCAAGGGCAUGCUCCUGGUGGACCCCACCAUGGCCGGCCGACGGAUCGUCUUCCGAACCAGCAUGUGCAAGUUCCCCUCCGACCAUGAGGACCUGUACGUGCUCAAGACCAGCAAGCCACGUGUGCUGUACCUGAACCGGCCCAUGAUCACGAUCCUGGAGCAGAGCGGCAUCCGCGCCAAGGCGUUCCUGGCGCUCCAGAACCGCGUUCUCGACUCCUUCAUCAACAGCAUGCUGGACGCCCACGAGGCUGCUCAGGUGCUCUGCGGCUACUGCGCCCUGCGCCUGCCCUACAAAGAGCUGGCCGGCGUCGGCGUGGACCUUACCGUCGAGCCCUUCUUCAGGGGCCUCAUUCGGGCCGUCAACCGAAAGGUCCUCAAGGACCUGAAGACGAAGGCGCGUAUCCUGGUUCCUCCGGAGAAAGGCCGCACGAUGUUCGGCGUCCUGGACGAGACCGACACUCUGGAGUACGGCCAGGUGUUCGUCCAGUACUCCAACGACAUGUUUCGAUACAAGGCCACCGACCCAGCCACCAUCCUCAAGGGCGACGUGAUCGUGACCAAGAACCCCUGCAUGCACCCGGGGGACAUCCGGAGGCUGACGGCGGUGAACGUGCCGCGACUGCACCACGUUCGAGACUGCAUCGUCUUCCCGGCCAAGGGCGAGCGACCACACCCGGACGAGAUGUCGGGUUCGGAUCUGGAUGGCGACGAGUACUCGGUGCUCUGGUACGAAGACCUGAUAUUCAGGAAUAACUGCAGCCCCAUGCAUUACUACAGCGACCCUCCGAAAGAAAGGAAGGCACCUAUAGAGGUGCAGGACAUGAUCGACUUCUUCUGCCAGUACAUCAAGGGCGACAAGAUUGGUCUGAUCGCGAACGCCCAUCUGGUCUGGGCGGACAUGCUGGACGGCGGCAUCAACUCGCGGCGCUGCCGCGACCUUGCGCGAAAGUGCGCCGUCAACCUGGACUUCGCCAAGCGCGGCGACCUCAAGGGCUUUCAGAACUCGGAGAAGCCACCGAUGUACCCCGACUUCAUGGAAAAACUGGACACCAAAAACACCUACUGCUCGAAGAAAGUGCUGGGCCAACUGUACCGCAAUUGUAAGAAGGUCGAGCUGAGCACGGAGUGUCUGGAAGUUGUCGAAGACAGCCUGCCGGACCCGCGACUGCUCGUGGACGGUCGCGAAGAGUUUAUCGAGUCGGCGCGGACGUCCUACCGACGUUACGCCAUGAAGAUCCGCGCGCUCCUCAAGUCCUACGGCAUCGAGUGCGAGAGCGAGGCCCUCUCUGGAGCCGUGUCCAAGUUCAACAAGUACGUCAAGGAGAAGAACGAUCCAACCGACGUGGCCAUGGUCCUCGAGAGUCAGGUGGAGCACGUGGUUCGCCGCACGCGGGCUGAGUUCUUCGCCGGCGAUCAAGACCUGACCCAUCUGAUGCGCAAGGCCUCCGCCUGGUACCAAGUGACCUACGAGCUCCAGGGCUCCGAGGGAGGCGUGCAGAGCUUUCCCUGGGUCGUGUCGGACCUGCUGAUGCGCAUCCUGGUGGAUUGCUUCUCCUCCUGCGUGCCGUCACCCGUACCUCGCCAAAGCUUCGGCGAGCGGCUGAGCGCCCUACUGCUCUCUCAGACACCGUCUGAGAACCUGGACGUUCAGCUGCUGAACAACCUUCUGAAGCUGAUGUACGACUGGAUCGACUCCAGCCGCGAGUUCCUCUUCGUCAAGGAAGUUCAGGAGUUGAGCAUGUACAAAGGUAUCAUGCGCGAGGCGUGCGUCAAAGUGUCCCGAUCGCUCUCACGCGACGUGCAGCCGCACAAGCUGGUGAUCUUGUGCCUUCGCUUUGCCUGCGCCUGGUGCCUCAAAAUCUUCCAGGGAGGCAGCAACGGCGAGUUGAUCAGCAAGGAAUGCCGGCGCCGCUAUCGCUUGGGACACCUGGCCUUGAUCACGCUCAACAGGCUGUCAGUUUCGGGCAAUCUGGCCUACCUGCGUACCGCACCGAGGGGAUGUCCGACCACGGAGCUGAUCCGUAUCUACAUCGACAAGGAGGACGACGAAUUUUUUCUCAUCCUCCGUCGUUACGAGGACGUCUUCGCGUCCAUCAUAAUGGACUGGUCCGGCGUGCGCGACAUCCAAGUCGAGCUGCGUAAGGACCGCCUCGAAGAAUGGUUCCUCCAGCUCAUGGUUACGGGGAGCCGCUGGGCUCUGGAACGACUCAAGGAGAUCGUGGUCUACCCGUCCUUCCGAGAAGUUCUGUCGCUUGUUUUCAAGCGAGAGAUUGCCCAGCAAUAG